UCAAAAUAAUCAUCAUGUCAAAUUUAAAUUAUCGAAUGAAAAACAAGAUACAAAGCAAUGUACAAUUACAGAUUCUUUUACAUUUUAAUAUCUUUCUAUUCAUUUUAUGGAUUAUUCUACAUAUUUUCUAUUAUCAACGAAUCGAAAUUAUUCAAUAUUGUCAACAGGUUUUUAAGAAUGAUGACCUUUACGUUUUUCUUCGCAAUGCAUCAUUCACAUUGUUGACCAUUGUUGAAUUUGGCCGUCUAUAUGCUGGAUAUUAUGGUAAUCGGUUGGAAAAGAUUCAAUAUAUGAUUGCAUUCAUAUUCUUAUCAACAACGUUUCAAUUGCCAAAUCAUCUUUUUCGUUUGAUCACAAUUGAAUGUUGGUAUCAUCAUAUAUUUAUACCUGAAAUAAUUUCCAAUCUUUUACUAUUAUUGAUGACAUUGGCUGAAAUCGUAUUCAGUGUUUGGCAUUUGAAAAUAAUAUUGGAAAAAAUUUAUCAACAACAGCAGCAACAAGAAUCACAACAAACUACUAGUGUCAGCAAAAAUGAUGAUAAUAAACAUCAACAACAAUAUAUUGGAUAUGAUAAUUGUUGAACUUGUAUGAUGAUUGUAAUUCGAAUGUUUGCGAUCAUCGAUUUCUUCAAAUUGUCAUUCACAAUUCAAUGUUCAAUGUUUUGAUUGAUCGUAGUCAUGAUAUAUGAUUGCAGCUCCCGGUUUUUUCUAAAUUGAUGAUGGAAAAUACCAUCAUAUUUUUUAACAGAAUUGUAAUUCUGUUCACCACAAAUCAUGUUUGAAAUAUGAAUGUUUUAAAAAAAAUGAGAAAUGAAAAAAAAUCACUAUGAUAAUCUAUUAUAACA